AAGAUAAUCAAGCUCUAAAAUCUGUCUCAACCAGUAAGAAAGCAGUUUAAGAUCUCUUGUUCAAAAAACUUGCCAUUUCGAGUACUCUAUUUAAACAACCCAACUGCAACAACCAAAAACAUCAUCUCUCUUACAAUCGUUAGCUAGCACUUCAAUUUCGCUCAUCCAUCCAUAUAUCAGUUAGCCAUGGCAGCUUCUACAAUGGCUCUAUCUUCACCCGCAUUGGCCGGUAAGGCACUUGUUCCUUCCAGCUCUGAAGUUUUCGGUGAAGGCAGAAUCUCCAUGAGAAAAACCGUUGCAAAGCCAAAAACCGUUUCAUCUAGCCCAUGGUACGGACCUGACCGUGUUAAGUACUUGGGACCAUUCUCUGGUGAAUCUCCAUCAUACUUAACCGGUGAGUUUGCCGGUGAUUACGGUUGGGACACUGCCGGGCUUUCUGCUGAUCCAGAAACCUUCGCCAAGAACCGUGAGCUCGAGGUCAUUCACUGCAGAUGGGCUAUGUUGGGAGCUCUCGGAUGUGUUUUCCCAGAAUUGUUGUCUCGCAAUGGUGUUAAAUUUGGUGAAGCCGUUUGGUUCAAGGCCGGUUCACAAAUUUUCAGUGAAGGAGGAUUGGACUACUUGGGUAACUCAAGUUUGGUUCAUGCUCAGAGCAUCCUUGCCAUUUGGGCAACACAAGUUAUCUUGAUGGGAGCAGUUGAAGGUUACAGAGUUGCAGGAGGACCAUUAGGUGAGGUGGAGGACCCACUUUACCCUGGUGGAAGCUUCGACCCAUUAGGCUUAGCUGAUGACCCAGAAGCUUUCGCUGAAUUGAAGGUGAAGGAGAUUAAGAACGGGAGAUUGGCUAUGUUCUCCAUGUUUGGAUUCUUUGUUCAAGCAAUCGUGACUGGAAAGGGUCCUCUGGAAAAUUUGGCUGACCACUUAGCUGACCCCGUUGCCAACAACGCAUGGAACUACGCUACAAACUUUGCCCCUGGAAAAUGAUCUGAUUAAUCGACAAUCAGAUGAAAUGAACGUGUUGUCUUUGAAUUUGCAUUUUGAAGAAUUGUUUGACGUGCGUUUGUAAUGUACAUUUCGUUGUGUUUAUGAUAUUUGUGUCUAUUUCAAGCUUAACCCGGCAGAGAUUGCAAUUUGAUAUGGUUUUGCAACUCUUCUUUAAUA